CCACGUCCCUGGCUGGCUCUCUCUCUCUCUGUGUGGGUUCGGAGUCAGACAGAACGCUGCAAGAUACGGGACCGUCUGGUGUGGUUACUCUCCCCAAUCGGUCCCUAAGCCGCACGGGGUGAUAUAUUUAUUUGUGCAUUGCUGGCUGGCUUCAUGAGCCCUGGUUAUUUCAGAAGAAGGAGAAAUAAUGUUCCUCGUUGGGGGCUGAUGAAUUUCAGUAUCCUCCCACUGACGUCAGCCAGCCUCCAUCUAACUGUAUGAGCUAAAGCGGAUAGCAUCUCUCCGGCUAACAACAAACAACAUCAUUUCAACACAAAAAAAACCCCUUGUCUUUUGUAUCUUUUUUCCACCACCCCCUUCCCCUCCCUCUCUCUCUUUUGGUGUCAAAAAGAUGGCGACUGAGGGGCUGCAGGAGAACGAAACCGUGUUAUCGCUGAGGGACGAGGCAGAGUCGCUCAAGGGUAAACUGGAGGAGGAGAGGGCAAAGCUUCAUGAUGUAGAGCUUCACCAGGUUGCUGAGCGAGCAGAGGCUCUUGGACAGUUUGUGAUGAAGACAAGGCGGACUCUAAAAGGCCAUGGAAAUAAAGUGUUGUGCAUGGACUGGUGCCGAGACAAGAGAAGAAUUGUCAGUUCCUCCCAGGAUGGAAAGGUUAUUGUGUGGGAUGCUUUCACCACCAACAAGGAACAUGCAGUAACCAUGCCCUGUACCUGGGUGAUGUCUUGUGCCUAUGCCCCAUCAGGCUGUGCUAUCGCAUGUGGUGGCCUGGACAACAAGUGCUCUGUGUACCCUCUGACCUUUGAUAAAAACGAGAGCAUGGCGGCCAAGAAGAAGUCUGUUGCGAUGCACACAAACUACUUGUCUGCCUGCAGCUUCACUAAUUCUGAUAUGCAGAUCCUGACAUCAAGCGGCGAUGGAACCUGUGCACUUUGGGAUGUUGAGAGUGGACAGCUGCUUCAGAGCUUUCACGGGCAUGGUGCUGAUGUCCUUUGCCUGGACUUGGCCCCAUCUGAGACCGGCCAUACAUUUGUGUCAGGGGGCUGUGAUAGGAAAGCAAUGGUUUGGGACAUGCGCUCUGGUCAGUGUAUCCAGUCCUUUGAGACUCAUGAGUCUGAUAUAAACAGUGUUAGGUAUUUCCCCAGUGGUGAUGCUUUUGCCUCUGGGUCAGAUGAUGCCACGUGUCGCCUGUAUGAUCUCCGUGCAGACAGAGAAGUGGCCAUCUAUUCGAAGGACAGCAUCAUCUUUGGAGCCUCCAGUGUGGACUUUUCCCUCAGUGGUCGCCUCUUGUUUGCUGGUUACAAUGAUUACACCAUCAAUGUGUGGGAUGUAUUGAAGGGGACACGAGUGUCAAUCCUGUUUGGACAUGAGAACCGAGUCAGCACUUUGCGAGUUUCCCCUGAUGGCACUGCUUUCUGCUCAGGAUCAUGGGAUCAUACUCUGAGGAUUUGGGCUUAAAGUUUCUUGAACCUCAUCAUCCAAUUCUGAAUGAAGCUUCCAUUCUAGGAGUUCUUGGUGUUUGCAGUAUGAUGGCUCAACUCCUAAUCUUGUGUCUGUUUUAGGAAAUGUGCAAAUAUUUUGGGAUUGUGACAUAUAACCGAGUCUGUAGUGACUAUAUAAUUAUUUAAGAAUCCUAGAAGGAGAUUAGGUAAUUAUAAUUUUGGUAUCAUAAUUCAGUUGAACUUAUAGCAAAACAAAAUGUUUAGAUAGAUGCUGCCUUUUCCAAAUGCCAAUCAGUAAUAAGCUUUCCCCACUUUCUAAUAAUGUUACCAUUUGUAAAUUAUUUUAUAUGCACACUUACAUUAAAACUUUCAAAUUUCCAUGCGUUUGAUUCCCCAUUCUGUGUGAGAAAAAUUACGUUUAAGCAAAACCUCCAAACCAGAAUGAUUAAUUUUGUUUGUUUGUAAUUCUUUCCUCAGUCAAAAUGGGGCGAGACCUCUGAAAGAUUGUUACAAAGCAUUGUUUAUGUUCUAUGUUUAAAAAUAAUUACAAGUGAAAAUCUAUGGUGUGACAGUGAUGGACUAGAUAAUGAAAAGUGUUGAGAUUUAAGCUAGUCCAUAUAUAAUAUAUAUAUAGUGCAAUUUGAAUUGGGCUGAAUAGAUACAAUACUUAUGGGUAACAAACUUUUCCUUUGUUUAAAGCUCAGCAUGCCCAUUUUGUCAGCAUCCUUUUUUUUGUUUUUGAUACACAGAAUUGUAAAAUAAUGUUCAAUAGCAGAUGACAAAUCUGGAGUAGGUCUAAAGACAAUGACUGUUUGUUUGAGAACUUCACAUAUUGCAGCGAGAGAAAAUCUAAUCAAAAUUGUUGUUUAAGGUGAUAAAUUAUAAAAUUCAAUUAAUGUAAUCCAAUGCAGUAGAUUUAAAUGCACUGUGAACUUUUGACGAUUUUAAUUCACUUGGUAAGAGGUGCAAUAUUAUAUGACAACAUUACUGGGAUCUAGGCAAAAAAAAUAAGGCUAUCUGACUCUAUCUGGAGUCUUUGUUAAAGCACCUCUUUUCUGUAGGAUCAGUUGUACGAUUUUGGUUUUGUUUUCUGUACUUGUUUUGUGUAUACUUCAACAGUUCUUUUGGUGAACACGCGUGUAAAUCUUUUGAAAUGUACCAAAAAUUAAUAAAUGGCACAUAUAAUAUUUUAAA